UUGUUUGCAGAAAGUUUCUGCAAAAAAUAGUUAUUGGAUCGUAGCGGUACAGUAGCCCUCCAAGGGUAGCGACGAAAAGUUAUUGAGUGAAAGCAUCGACAUGAUUAAGUUAGGACUAGUGGUUUUGCUUGCUGUUGGAACGUGCAUCGCAGAUUUGUCAACAUGGGACGAAGGCACGGGAUUCAACAUGAACAGAAAUUUGAACGGUAUUCAGGGAGUGCACUUCUCUCAGCAUGAAGCCUCGGUAAAUGCCGCACGAAAGGGGGCAGCAGAACGACUUACUCGAAUUGGCGCAGGAGCUGGAACAGAUCCAUGUGGAAGUGCAAUCUGUUACAGUAGCUCAGGGUUUUCCGACAACAGUGACGCUGAAACCCUCGGUGAAGGAACCGUCAGAUUCAACGCAGGCUCAGCGGGAUCCAGCUCUAGUAGCUCAAAGUAUCAGGCCAAUUCCCAUCAGGAAUCCGCCACCGGUGCUGUCCCAGUCUACCCACUGAUCGGAAGCUCAAAAUCCAGUUACGCCAGCUCUGCUCAGCGUCAUAGUGCUUCCAGUGUAAAUGCCGCCCAACCAGUGAACUAUAUCAGCGCUGCGGAAGGUGUGAAAACAAAAUCAAAGUUUGGUGCCUCCAGUGAAACAACUGUCGUACAGCCAAUUGUUGCCUCUGCCUAUCCAAUCGGUCAGGAGUCCUCUCAAAGUAGUCAGUACGCCAGUGCCAGUCGAAACAGCAAUGCAGGUGUUUACACCGUUCCGGUUGAUUCCAACAAUGCUUACCGCACUAGAUCCAGUUACACUGCCUCAUCGGAACGACAAGCAUCUGGCGUUGCUCAACCCGUUUACACCUCUUCUGGAGAUGUCGCUUCCAAGUAUGUUGCCGCUUCCGCUAGCAGACUGGAAAAUCAACAAAGAUACGUUCCAUCGAACACCUAUGUUGUCUACCGGCAGCCCGUUCCUGUGCCUAUUUACGCUCCAGUCAGCUCAUCGGGAUUCGAUAGCUCCGCACGGUUCUCCAACAGCGAGGGCAAUACCUACCGUGUUCCGGUCCCAGUGGUGUACCCGGUUCGAAGCACUUCUAAUCAGUAUUCCGCUGCUGACAACCAACAAACCUACAUUGCCCAUGCCGGUCAACCUGUGUACGGCGUUUCUUCCGAUCACUCUUCUCUUUCCAAUCAACAACGGUCUCACUCUCAGUAUGUACGACCCACCUACCAACCCGUAUAUAGCAACCACCUGGCAGCAUCGCAGCAGUCACAAAGCCAUGCCUCGGAUAGUGGAUCCACGGUUGGAGUUUUCGUAGCUCCCGUAGUCACCUCUUCUGCCAAUCGUCUCGAAAAUGAAGAGCGUCAUGAAGAGUACAGUCGGAAAGGAAGCAGCUACAUUCCAAUUACGGUUAACCCCGGUUCAACAUCUUACGUGCAGUACGUCCGACCCAGCUACCAACCUAUCUACACCAACCACGUGGCAGCAACUCAGCAAUCCCAGGAAUCACACAGCCGUGAUUCGGAUAGUGGAUCCACAGUCGGAGUUGUCGUAGCUCCCGUAGCUACCUCUUCUGCCAAUCGCGUUGAAGCAGAGCGUCACGAAGAGUACAGUCGAAAAGGAAGCAGCUACUUCCCAGUCGCUGUAAACACCGGUUCAACGGCUUCCAAGUAUUCCGCUCAAAAUGAACACAGCAGCCAAUCUGGAACUUCCUACGCACCACUUGUUUCAGCAGCUUCAUCCGAAUCCCACAACCAACGUCACAACAGUGCGUCAUCAUCUUCGCAGUACUCCGCUGCUCAACAGCAUGCUUCCAAUUCUGGUUCCUACUACCCAGCUGCAACGGCCGGUUCGCACGGAUCACGCUACUCUGCUUCCGAAUCGCAGAACGCUUACAAUCAACAAAGAACCGGAGGAUACAGUCCCUAUCCUAUUACCAACGAUGCUCUGGGGCAGCGAUUUGGUAGUGUGGGUAUUGAGUUAAACAGCAAAAAUAAUCUCGGAGGGCUUAUGAGUGAAUCCGAACGGCUGGCCAGACUGCAGGCUAAAAACGCCUACAAUGGACCAGUUUCCGGUAGUACGGCAGUCGACAUGGAGGAUCGGUUCAGCGGAGCUAACGAUGAUGUUAGCACAGACGUUGGGGGAGGAUUUGGAACUGGUUUCAAGCGAACAAAGUCAUGGUCCAGCAGUUCCAAGUGGGCCGCAGGGCAGAAGUUUGGUGAUGACGGAAAGAUUAAGUCGUACAGCUCGUUGUCGACGGGAGAAAGCGAGCAGCAUAACAUCAACGGUCAGAAGACUGGAUACAAGGCGGCUACCACUACGUUGGAGGAUGAUGGAAAGGUUAGCACGUACAGCUUGCAUACGCCGUAAAUUUGUUGUUACGAUUAGGUUUAGUUUGUAGAUUUGGUGUUAA